AUGUCCCUGGAGGAGGUCUCCACCGAGGCCCUCAUGGCCGAGAUCACGCGACGGCUGGAGUGUCAGAGUAAACCCGAGAAGCGAUUGAUACUCGUCGGUCCGCCCGGGUGCGGCAAGGGAACGCAAUCGCCGAAGAUAAAAAGAGAUCACUGUUUAUGCCACUUGGCUACCGGGGACAUGCUCCGCGCCGCCGUCGCCGCGGGGUCGCCGAACGGGGUGAAGGCGAAGCAAGCGAUGGAGAGCGGCGCGUUGGUCACGGAUGAAAUCGUAGUCGGCAUCAUCGAGGAGGCGAUCAAGGCGCCAGAGUGCCGAAACGGGUUCAUCUUGGAUGGAUUCCCACGAACUGUGGUGCAGGCGGAGAAGCUGGACGCGAUGCUCAAGGCGCGCGGGACGGCUAUCGACGCCGUCCUUGACUUUAAGGUCCCGGACGAGGUCUUGGUCGAACGCGUAGAGGGACGAUGGAUUCACCCAGCGAGUGGACGAUCUUAUCAUACGAAAUUCGCUCCGCCCAAAGUGGAGGGUAAGGAUGAUUUCACGGGCGAACCGCUCGUGAAGAGAAAGGAUGAUAACGCUGAGACGCUCAAGUCUCGAUUAGCGGCGUUUCACACACAGACGCAACCAGUAAUCGAUUACUACGCCGCUCUGAAGAAAGUUACCGCGAUCGAAGCGAAUAAGCCGGCGUCCGACGUAGAGAAGCAAAUCUCCAAGGCGUUGGCGUAA